UAAAAUCUCGAAAACCAGAAGAAAGUUCCAAUUUUAGGGUUUCAGUUCCAGUCAGUCACCGUGUGUGUGAAUUCCCGUAUAAUGCAGCCCAAAGAGGAUUCGGAUUCGGUGGUGAUGCAGUCGGUGGCCCAGUUGUGCACCCUCUCCUCCGCCAUCGACACCUUCCGCCGCCGCUUGCACGACCUCGACGAUCACCUCCGUUCCAUCCACCUCGCCAUCGAUUCCCGCACUCUCCUCCUCCAAUCCAAUUCCCAACCCCAAACCCCAACCCCCGCCCCCGCCCCAGCCCCAGCCCCACUCGAUCAAUCGAAAUCCCCGCCUCAAAUUUUGCGUGAGAUUGCCAAAUCGGCACCUGAAUUGCCGGCGAGCGCCGCCCAGUCCGAGCUCGAGAAGCUAUGCCACACCAUGUGCGGCCGCGGCCUCCGCCGCUACCUUGCCGCCCACUUGUCCGAUGUCGACGGCCUCCGUCGGCAAGUCCCUCCUGCCCUCAAGAAUUGCGCUCCCGACGUGCCCAAGCUCGUCUACGAUUGCGUCGGAGGGUUCUAUCUCCAGGGUAGCAAGGCCUUCACCCACGACUCCCCCAUGAUCUCCGCACGCCACGCCGCCAUCCUCGUCCUUGAAUUCUUCCUCCUCUCCGAUUCUCUGGGCGUGCAGCAGGAUCCCGCUGCUCUCUCGGUCAAGCAAGAGGCUGAGUCGUCCGCCAUCGCGUGGAGGAAGAGGCUGAUUGUCGAGGGUGGGGUAUCCAGAGCCGGCGAGAGUGAUGCUCGCGGCUUGCUCCUUUUCAUUGCUUCCUUCGGCAUUCCUAGCGUUUUUAAGAGUGAAGAUGUUGCGCAUUUGCUCCGGCUCAGCAAUUGGAAGGAAAUCGGCAAUGCGCUUCUGCGUUCCCCAUUCCUACGCUCUCGCAUUCCUGAUGUCUUAGAGGAAAUGAUGAAGAUCGGGAUGAGCAUUGAAGCUGUUGAUGUCUCUGUUGGUUUCGGUGUAGAGGGUAAUUUGCCCCCUCGGACAAUUCUGACAUCAUUUUUAAGGGAAGCUAAAGAAAGAUGCGACAACAGUAAAAAAGCACAUAGUUCACCUAUGGCUAUGAAGGCAGUGACCCAAAAGCAAUUGACUGCUCUAAAAUCUACAUUGAAAUGUUUGGAAGAUCAUAAUUGGGAUGCUGCAGAAGUACUUCCCGGAUGGCAGUUAAAGGAAAUGAUAGUGAAGUUGGAGAAAGAUGCUGCUGACAUUGAUAAGAAGAUGAAGGAGAAGGUAGUUUCAAAGAGAAGGAUUGAUGUUGUGGAACCCUCGAGAACAUUUAAGAGUCAUGAGGCUAAACGCUCGAAGUUCUCGCCUCAAGUGGCACCCCACUUUUCUCACCCAUUGUUGGGUUUCCAAGAGCAAAAGGACAAUAGUCGUAUACUUGGUAGGAGCUUGUAUGAUGAUGGUUCACGACCAAUAGUUUCUUUUGACAAUGGACUCUCCCGGCAUGGUAGGAGUUAUCCUGCUGCAUCAUUGUUAUCUCUUGGAUCUGGUGGAGGGUCUAUGCCGGAAACCUCCUUGAAAUCCCCAAUGCAGAGUGCAAAUGCCUUGCAUUCUGCUGGAGUUGGAGGUAGGAUCUCUGCUGGAAUCAGCAUGAUGGCUGCAGGUGAAUCUGCUGCUUUCCGUGGAGAUAGAUUGGCUGACAGGAUUGGACUUGUAGGAAAUAGUAACGAUGCUUCAAUUGGACAAUAUGUGAUUAGGGAUGCCGCAUAUCGGGACCAGCUAGAGCAAAGAAACCUUGGGAGGUAUACAUCUCCGGGAACUGGUCGCUAUGACCCCUCAUUAGAAGGUUUCAAAGGCCUGCCAAAAUUUUCGUCCAGCAAUGCCAUUGAUCAUGGUUCAAACUUUGAUCUAUAUGGUUUUGCUGAUACCAUAAUGGAGCGGAGUCGUACAUAAGCAGCAUUUCUCACUAUUCACCAGGGAGGCAGGUCCUGUCUUUCCCGUCCUGACUGCUCACAAGGUUCAUCAUUGUGCUGAGCGAAUCCAGAUUGCUUAAUUGUAGGUCUUCGUCUUUCAUGUUCAGGGAUCAAUGUGCUUUUGAGGCAAUGGGCAGUGGCUUUGAUACCGAUCAUAAUCUUGUCCAGGACUUUGCACUUGCUUUAUUAGGAAAACCAUUGCUAUCUGUUAGUGGGCAUACUCGA